UUAAAGCUUUCAGUUUCAUGUUGUGACAAAGAUUAGAAAAUCGAUCAACAACAAAAUGUUUUAUCUGAAAUUACUUGAGUUGUUCAAUCAUUUGUUUUAAUUAUAUUUUAAUAAUUUUGAUCCUAAUUCCAUCAGAAAAGUGGUUUUUAAUUCUGUUAUUCAUUUCUAACAGUGGUAAUCAUGACCGAUAAUCCUAAGGAGUUUCUUUAUGCUUGGUGUGGAAGACAAAAGCUUACACCGGUUUAUGAUACUUGUAACAUAACUGGUCGAAUGCCUAAAUUCAAAUGUGAAGUUAAAGUGCCUUCCUUUGCUUAUGUGGGAAUUGGUAUUUCUACCAACAAACGAGAUGCUGCAACCAAUGCAGCUCGAGAUUUUGUGAAUUACCUGAUCCGCGAGGGCAAGAUCGAACCGUCUUCCUUACCUUUCAAUAUGAAUGAAUCUGUUGAAAGCUCUGGACCAGCGAGAAGUUCAAUGGAUGAAAGUGGAGGAGCUAGUGCAAGUUAUGGAACUUCCUCUGGUUUUGGUCCUAGAGGAGGUUUUGGUUCUGGAUACCGUCCUCAUGGACAACCUAAUCCGCAAGACAGAAGACACGAUCCUGGAUUUAUUGGUAUCAAAGAGACUUUAAAUCAAGAUUAUAUUGAUCGCGUAGCUCAAAAGAGAAAAUUUGAAGAAGCAGAAGAACUAGAUGUCAACUCUGGGAUUCACGGAAACUGGACUUUAGACAAUUGUAAACAACAGCUUCAUGUUUUUGCUCAAGCAAACAAAAUCAGAUUAGAUUAUAAAUAUUCUUCCGUUGGACCUGAUCAUAAUAGGAGUUACAUUUGCGAGAUUUCAUUUCCUGUAAGAAAACUUGGACGAAAUAUAAUGGCCCGAGAAAAUGCUUCCAAUAAGCAAUUGGCAUCAAGAGCUUGUGCUCUCUCAUUAAUGCGUCAAUUAUAUCAUUACGGAGUUAUUGAAGCUUACAAUGCAACUGGGGAAAGCAAGAAGAAAACCGCAACGAAGGUUGAUACUUAUGCUUUCACUUUUCCUCAAGAACUUUUGGAUGAAAUGAACGAAGUUAUUGCUGAGAAUGGAUUGAAAAGAAUACCCGUUCGUAUUCCUUCAGGAACACCUAUGUGUGAAGGAGGCUCUGAUACAGAUCAAUUCACUUCAUUAGUACCAGAACAUGAAGUUGUGCUAAGCAAAGAACCCUCAAUGAGUCAAGCAUGUGUAAGUUGGUGUCCUCCUAUUCCUAACUGGGAUGCUUGGAGAGGCUGUAACAUUGACGAAGGACCCAUCAGUCGACUAAGUUUACGUCAGUUGAGUGAAGGCAUACAAGACAACGUGUCCCACAUGGAAGUGACAAACUCUCAAAAUCCUCCCGGAGAAACUAAAAUAAGUCAAGAGAGAUCAAAAUUACCAGUUUUCAAUUCUAAAGACCAAAUUUUAGAAGCUAUAAAUAAUAAUCCCGUAGUUAUCAUCCGAGGUUCUACUGGUUGUGGUAAAACAACGCAAAUACCUCAAUUUAUUUUGGAUGAUUAUAUCGCCAAAGGUAAAGGUGCGGAAUGUAACAUUAUAGUUACUCAACCUAGACGAAUCAGUGCUGUAUCUAUCGCCGAACGACUCAUCCAAGAAAGAAGUGAAUAUUUAGAUCAAAAUGCUUCUGUUGGUUACAGUGUUAGAUUUGAAACUCUCAUGCCUCGUCCAUAUGGAGCCAUCUUAUUUUGCACCAUUGGUGUUUUACUGCGAAAACUUGAAAAUGGCUUACGAGGUAUUUCACAUGUUAUCAUUGACGAGGUUCACGAACGUGAUGUAAAUACAGACUUUCUUUUGGUUGUCAUUCGUGAUAUGAUCAAUAACUUUCCUAAAUUACGAGUUGUCCUUAUGUCAGCAACAAUUGAUACAACCAUUUUUCAAGAUUAUUUCGGAGGCUGUCCCGUUAUUGAGAUUCCUGGUCAAGUUCAUCCCGUUACAGAAUAUUUCUUAGAAGAUUGUGUUGAGAUUACUAAAUUUCGACCAACUCCAAAUGAUCGUAAGAAGCGUCAUGAUGAUGAUGUACCCGCAGAAGAGCCCGAAGAAAAUUUGAAUGCUGUUGUUACAGGAAACUAUUUACCUGAAACUAAAUCGGUUAUGGCUCGAUUGAGUGAACGAGAAAUUCACUUUGAAUUGAUUGAAGCACUGCUUGCGCAUAUUGCUAGCAUGAAAGUCCAUGGAUCUGUUUUAAUCUUUCUACCAGGUUGGGGUCAAAUUUUUGCUCUCGUCAAACAUCUUGAAUCUAUCAAGUUCUUCAACUCUCAGCGAUUCAGAAUUUUACCUCUCCACUCACAAAUUCCUAGAGAUCAACAAAGAAGAGUAUUUGAACCAGUUCCACCCGGAGUAAUUAAAGUUAUCCUUUCCACCAAUAUUGCUGAAUCAAGUAUAACAAUUGAUGAUGUCGUGUUUGUUAUAGACACUUGUAAAGUCAAAAUCAAAUUAUUUACAUCACACAAUAACAUGACAGUUUACAAUACAGAUUGGGCAUCGAAAACAAAUCUCAAACAAAGACGUGGUAGAGCUGGACGUGUUCGCCCUGGUUACUGUUUUUUCCUCUGUUCUCGAGCUAGAUAUGAGCAGCUUGAAGAGUUUCAUCCACCAGAAAUUUUUCGCACUCCUCUUCAUGAAUUGGCAUUAAUGGUGAAACUUCUUCGCCUUGGUGCAAUCACAACUUUCCUCUCUAAAGCUAUUGAACCACCUCCAAUCCAUGCAAUUGUUGAAUCAGAAGUUCUACUGCGAGAAUUGAAAGCUUUAGAUGAAAAAAGUGAAUUAACCUCUUUGGGUCGGAUUCUUGCUCGUUUACCAGUUGAACCUCGUCUCGGGAAAAUGCUUGUACUUUCAUGUGUCUUUAAACUUGGUGGACUCAUGGCUGUAAUCAUUGCUAAUACAAGCACAUUUCCUGAAGUGUUUGACACAAGUUUUGCUCGACGACUCUUUCACAUUCACAGAAAAUACCGACAAGAUCGAUGGAGUGACCAUAUCGCUAUUUUGAACACCUAUCUAGAUUGGGAACGCGUUAAAUACUCUCAAGGAGAAAUGGCUUCAAUGGAUUUUUGUGAUCGAAAUGCAAUUAUGCCCAGUGUAAUGAGAAUCACUCAUGAUGCUAAGAAUCAGCUGGUUGAUUUAAUCAAAAACACUCAGUUUCCUGAACGAACCUAUAGUAACACGCAACUUUAUGAUCCGGACGUUGAUCUACUUCAAGGUUUAUUAACCUUAGGUUAUUAUCCCAAUGUGUGUCUCCAUAAAGAUAAACGAAAAGUUUUAACAACAGAAGCUAAGAUUGCGCUGAUGCACAAAACUUCAGUCAAUUUCACCAAUUUACCUGAAAAAUUUCCUUCUCCUUUCUUCAUUUUUGGCGAAAAAUUGAGAACCAAAGUUGUUUCUUGUAAACAAUUAUCCAUGGUUACACCAAUUCAUCUAAUCUUAUUUGGAUGUAAGAGAAUCGAAGUUCGGUCCGAUGGUUUGGUUCAAUUAGAUCGCUGGAUGGAUUUAGAAAUGGAUCCUGAAGUGGCAGCAUCGAUUGCAGCUCUUCGGCCUGGCUUGGAAAAUCUGAUUCUGAAAAUAUCUGAGAACCCAGAAGCCUGUCUUGAUUUAAGUAAUGCCGAAACUCGUUUAGUGGAAUUAGUUCGUAAACUCAGCGCUUACGAUUUGAUCACUUUGGAGAAAAAACCUCCUCGAAAUAUUUAACUUUUUUAUUUUGAUCAAAUUUCGAACAACAAUUAUUUAAAUAUGACCCUUUUAGCAUCAAAACUGGAUUUUGAUCAAAGGGCGAUCAAUUCUAACUUUUUAAUUAUCAAUUUCAUUACUGACUCGAAUCUUCUUGAAGAAUGGUUCUGAUUAAAGGCGCAAUAUUAAUCCAUUAAUCAUUUCAUCUCAUUUGGAAUCUUUCAACCCAAACUGAAUCAUGGUCACACUUUUAUCGCAAAAUUGUAUUAUCAAAAUCAAUUGGAUUACAAUGAUCAAUUUAUCUUACAACAUCAAUUUUUAACUUUCAAUCUACAAUAAUUAUUAUUGAUAUUAUUUAAUCGGAUUCUUGUGAAUCAAAUCAACAAGAACACAAUCUUCUUCAGUGAUUGUGAACUCACCAAGCAAUUAAUAAAACUCAUUUAUCUUUUAA